AUGUCGCACAUGAUAAGUCGCAAACACUACUACGAUGACCUGGUCUAUACGGCUGCUAUCUUCCAGGCGCUAGAAAUAUGGGCAACGACAGGUAUAAACCUGACGGCGGACGAAUAUAGUUACUUCAUGCAGUCCAGCAAUGAUGAGCCCACAGACGAGCUGCUCAAAUUAAUAGCUGAUUUUUCCAUCAUAUUCAAGAACCUAGAUGAAAUUGACGAAUCGGAUCCGAACGCUUGCCAGUCAUUGCUAUCCCAAUGUCUCUCACAUGAAGCCAAUGUUAUGGCAUGGUACGCUUGGAGAAAAAAUACUAUCGGCGGGAGUCCUCGGACAUGUUCACCUGAUGAAAUUCAGAGCAGCGGAUUAUCGAUGGACCCAAUCUUCGGCACUCCUUAUUCCUUUUCCUCGCUCGAUAAUGCGAGAUUACAUGUGUUGUUCUGGAUAGCGAUGUCUAUGACGCAACGCUUGAUAUCCAAAGCCCGGUCCUAUACCUAUCAAUUUUCCGCAGAGGAUGGGUCAGGGAAUAAAGAGUAUCUGCUUGCCGAAUUUUUCGCAGAUGAGAUCAGCCGGGCAAUCCCAUAUUGCUUCAAAGAUUGCACCAAUCUGUGGAACACUCAUAUUGUGAGCAUGGGCGUGGGCCAAAUCUGCAAAGUAUAUACAGACCAUCAAAACUAUAGGAAAUUUCUUUGGGGUCAACAGGCAUAUGGCAUCAUCGCUAACUUGGGGCAUGAAUUGGCGACUCGAUUAAGUGAGGUGUUUUGGCAAAGAUGGAAUGCUGCCGAAGAAGCUGCCGCUUCAAGUGGGGCCAAUCCCAUCAACUAUCUAUCCCUGAGGCCAGGGUUUCCCCAUGAGAAAUCCUUGUCUCGUAAAAUGCCCCUUCGAUUCAAAUGGCCUGAACAGUAG